AGGAGGCGGCCUCCUCACAGCAGAUGCCCCUCUUAAUGGAUUAUGAAUGCUGUCCUGUUGUCUGACGUCACCUACUGAGGUUCUGCAGCAGAUGAAGGAGCAGACAAACGCUCUGCCCCCACCCCCCUUCUUGUAGCUCACACUUCUCUGUCAGCUGACCUGCUGAAGGUUGCGUUCAGGGAAACGCACACGUCACUCAUGCAGGCAGACCAGGCGGCUUCUGCUGCAGACUCCUCAUGGCUUUGACACUGAACACGGCCUCAGAGCAGAACAACCUCACACAGACUCCUCUGCUGAAGAUCUGGGUGCCGUGGAUGGGGUUUAACCUGAACCGCAGGAGGGGGUCCUCCGUGCCUCAGUUCUGUAACUCCCCCACUGUGAUUGUGAUGGUGGGCCUGCCUGCCAGAGGAAAGACCUACAUCUCCAAGAAGCUGACUCGCUAUCUGAACUGGAUUGGCGUUCCUACGAAAGUGUUUAAUGUGGGUCAGUAUCGCAGGGAAGCAGUCAAGACCUACAAGAACUUUGAGUUCUUUAAACCUGACAAUGAGGAGGCCAUGAGGAUCCGCAAAGCCUGCGCUUCAGCUGCUCUCAAAGAUGUGGCCGUCUACUUCUCAAAGGAAAACGGACAAGUCGCUGUUUUUGAUGCCACCAACACCACAAGGGAGAGGAGGGCCGUUAUCAACAGUUUUGCAAAAGAGAGGGGCUACAAGGUUUUCUUUGUAGAAUCCAUCUGUGAUGAUCCAGAAAUCAUUGCAGAGAAUAUUAGGCAAGUGAAGUUUGGGAGUCCAGAUUACAUCGACCGUGACGAAGAUGAAGCCAUGGAGGACUUUAUCAAGCGCAUUGAUUGUUACAAGACCAGCUACCUGCCUAUAGAUGAUGAGAAGGACAGAAACCUGUCCUAUAUAAAGAUCUUUGACGUCGGUAGCAGAUACCUGGUCAACCGGGUCCGAGACCACAUUCAGAGCAGGAUCGUCUACUACCUCAUGAACAUCCACGUCACCCCGCGGUCAAUCUACCUGAGCCGCCAUGGCGAGAGCGAGCUCAACCUUCUGGGCCGCAUUGGUGGGGAUUCCAGUUUAUCCCCCAGAGGGCAAAAGUUUGCCAGUUCCCUGGCGUCCUUCAUCAGAGGGCAGAGAAUCAAAGACCUGAAGGUGUGGACGAGCCACAUGAAGAGGACCAUCCAGACUGCAGAGGCUCUGGGAGUCCAGUAUGAGCAGUGGAAGGCUCUGAAUGAGAUCGACGCUGGGGUUUGUGAGGAGCUCACCUACGAAGAGAUUCAAGAAAACUUUAUGGAAGAAUUUGCUCUGAGAGACCAGGACAAGUAUCGAUACCGCUACCCCAAAGGAGAGUCAUAUGAGGAUCUGGUUCACCGCCUGGAGCCCGUCAUCAUGGAGCUGGAGAGGCAGGAAAACGUUCUGGUGAUCUGCCACCAAGCUGUGAUGCGCUGCCUGCUCGCGUACUUCCUGGACAAACCUGCAGACGAGCUGCCCUAUCUUAGAUGCCCUCUUCACACUGUGCUCAAACUCACACCAGUCGCUUAUGGCUGUAAGGUGGAGUCCUUUUAUUUGAAUAUUGAGGCCGUCAACACGCACAGGGAGAGGCCAAAAAAUGUGAGCAUCAACAGAGACCCAGAUGAAGCUCUGCAGACUGUUCCUGAACAUGUAUAAGAACUCCUCCUAACACACAGGAACAUCUCAUGGACUCCUUUAGAGAAGACUGACAGACUCACAGUCGACCUGCAGCUGGUUCUGUUUCCGUGUCUGUGAAAGCUGUCUGUCCGUCUGUCUGAGUGGCUGUAGAGUAUCUUUCGUUAAACAUGAAGCCUCGAAUUUAUUCACAUAAAGACCGUAUUCCUGCAAAUAAAUGAGAAACGUUUAAACCACUAAUGCACACUAAAGAGUUCAGACAGCAAACUUGGAUUAUAGUAUUUCAGAAUACGAAUCGGCACCCUGGACAGCUCCUAAAAAACCAUCACUUUAAGGUGUAAUUGAAAAUUCUUUGUUGAUUUCAGUGUAAAAAUGUAAAUAAAUAAAGAUAAAAUUUGA